GCUUGCUCCGUCCCACGCGCGUCCGUUACGUCAUGUAUGCUUAGUUUAAUCCGCCACCCUUCCGAGCCCCACCGGCCGGAUUAUCGUCCAGCGUAGCGUGGAACUCCGGGGGUGACGACAAACUCCCACCCUCCUAUAGACAGACAAAAAGACAAUCGCAGCUAAUUGCCACGCACACUGUCCGAUCACUUGUCACUUGCGAUCCAAUAGCCGGCGAAUUCCGUCUGUUGUUUUGUUGUUGCUUCCAGUCGCGUAGGUAAUACGAGAACGGAUCGCUAGAAACUCGUGGGAGCGGUAUCGCGAAGAAAGUGAUAAGAAAAAGAAGGACGAUAUAAUCCUCGGGAGUAUAGUGCGCUGAAAGUAUUAAUUAAUUGCACGCUCGUCGCUAUAUUUAUUGCUUUUUCCUCGCCCCACGUAUCACCCGAGAAGGAAGAUUACCCUGAUGGUCAGAGUGUACUGGCUAGUUAUUAUGCAACUCUUGCAUACCGCAUCCAAUUUGAUCGACGACGUCGACGUGGAUUAUUAUGAGGAAUGGGUCGUCAUGGUACAAGGUGGACCACAAGUGGCGUCGCUAUUGGCAGCUGAAUCUGGUUACAAACAUCAUGGCCCGGUUCUUGGAUUCAGAACAUAUAUAUGGCUUAAGGAUAAUAGCCCAAGACAGAGGAAAAGAGGAAAUCUUCACUUAACGAAGGAUCUUAAUACAAUUUCCAAGAUCGUCUGGGCGGAUCAACAGAAAACCGUGAAACGACUUAAACGCGAUUACAUCUCGUUAGCCGACCUGGAGUCUGAAAAACCUUUAACGAGAGAAAAGCGUUUGCAAUUAAACGCAUACGAAGUUGCAUCAAAUGCUGUUAACAGCGAGGAGGAAAAUUACGAUGCUGCCGAUAAUAUUAAUGAUGAGCUUUGGGAUCAACAAUGGUAUCUGCAAGAUACGAAGACCGAAGAAGGUUUGCCGAAGCUCGACUUAAACGUUCUGCCUCUCUAUCGACAAGAGAUAACUGGUCAAGGAGUGAGAAUUGCAAUUCUCGACGACGGUUUAGAAUACAAUCAUGAUGAUCUGCGGAGUAAUUACGAUGCGGCCAUUAGUUACGAUGUGAAUGAAAAUGACAAUGAUCCUCUUCCAAGAUAUGAUGGGAAAAACAGCCACGGCACCAGAUGUGCCGGCGAGAUAGCGAUGGAAGCCAACAACCGAAAAUGCGGUGUCGGAAUUGCCUAUGGGGCAUCCAUCGGCUGCAUCAAGCUCCUCGAUGGUCCAAUGAACGAUCGGGUAGAGGGCGAGGCCCUAAGCUACAAGCAAGAACUCGUCGACAUUUAUUCGGCUUCUUGGGGACCGUCUGAUGAUGGAAAGACUUUGGAUGGACCUCGCAGACUCGCCUUCGAAGCGCUGAAACGCGGCGUAACAGAAGGUCGUAACGGUAAAGGUAACAUUUAUGUAUGGGCCGCUGGGAAUGGUGGCAAUUCGGACGACUGCGGAUAUGACGGAUAUGUUGGAAGCAUAUACACCAUAGCCGUUGGAUCAAUUAGCCAAACUGGAGAACUUCCUUGGUACGGAGAGAAAUGUCCUGCUAUUCUCGCUGUAACAAUCAGCAGCAGCAGAAGGUACAAUCACAAAAUAGUAACGACAGAUCUAAAGAAUACCUGCACGACCAAGCAUACAGGUACUUCAGCUUCUGCUCCAUUGGCCGCCGGAAUAUUAGCUCUCGCGCUACAAGUAAACGAAGACUUAACGUGGAGAGACAUUCAGCAUUUGAUAGCUUGGUCAUCGGAGUACAGUCCUCUCAGCAAAAAUCCGGGAUGGUUCAAAAAUGCAGCUGGAUUUUGGUUUAACCCGGCUUUCGGAUUUGGACUUAUGAACGGAGAAGCACUGGCAAUGGCAGGUUACUACUGGACGACAGUACCAGAGAAGACUAUUUGCGAAGUGACUGGCGAAGUGUACGGCAUCAAUGACUUCAUAUCGACUGAAAAUGACAAGUAUCUGAUGUUCGAUGUCAGAGGUAACGUUUGUCGGACAUUGGGGAGUGAAAUUAUCUUUUUGGAGCACGUGGAGAUCGAGGUGAAUCUCGAGUACUCUCAUCGCGGCGCACUCCAAAUGCAUCUGCGUUCACCACAGGGUACUUUAGUAAAGAUACUAAGUGCAAGAAAGUUGGAUGAAUCUAAGGAUGGUUUUAGAAAGUGGAAGUUCAUGUCCGUCGCGACGUGGGGCGAAGACCCUCGAGGAAUAUGGAUCUUGCACAUAUUUGAUAAAACAGACUCGAAGCAAAAUUAUGGCACAAUUGGAGAAUUUACACUGAUUCUGCACGGCAGCGAGCAAAUUCCAGCCUACCGCAGAAACGGACCGAGAAUUUACAACGAAAUCUACAAUCGUAAAACCUACGAUGCGGUAAAGUCGGCCACAAAAAAUAUCCUACAAUAUAAAGGCGAUCAAGAUAGAACCAGCGACAAGAUAGAACCAAUAGAUAUUCAUUAUCCAAUUUAUACCUAAAGUGGACAAUGCUAACUACAAAAAGUA